UCUCCACUAUCACGAGUCUUACAACCUUCUGUUCUGAACUUUGAUUUAUUGGACACACUUUCUCUCUCGUUUUUCUCUCAACGAAGAGAGAGAAACAAAUUUAAAUAUAAUAAAAUUAUAAAAAACACUGAGAAGAAGAAACUCAUCCAUGGCGUUUCAGAAGCUCUUUGCCAAACGUCUCCAUCGUUUCAAGAUGACGAUGUCGUUUCAACGCGCCAUCGUUUCCAAAGCGGUCACAUCACCUCCUAUCGUGCCGCAUGAGAGUUCUGAUGACAAAGGUUUUCUCCGGCGGGUUUCGCUCCUACGGCGAGCAGUAUACCACUCCACUCCGGGGCGUCUGCCGGAGUUUUUCUCUUUUCCUGUAGGAGAGAAACUUCGAGAAGCACUCAAAGGCAUCAACAACAGUGCUGGUAUCGCUCCUGUGGCAGCUCCAAUCGCCAGCCAUGCGGUGUGCGAAAGCGGAAUGUCCGUGGAGGAUGCAAAGAAGAUUCUGAGAGCGGCACAAAUGGAGAAGGUGAAGGCAAAACUGAGGAAUGUUACUCAAAGUUCGGUUCAGUACUCUGAGUUCUUGCGGAUCUGCGUUGAGGCUUGUGAGAAUCAUGAACAAGGUGCAGAGUUCGCAAAGAUCUUGGAUGACUCCGGAAACGUCAUCGUUUUGGGAAACGCCGUCUUUCUCCGCCCUGAACAGGUGGCAAAAUCAAUAGAGAGCUUAAUCAAACAAUCAAUAGCCAACCCAACAGAUCCCAGAAGGAAAGAGCUUGAGGAGAUGGAGAAGCAAAAGGCCGUGAUUGAUGACAAGGCCAAGGCCCAAGUCCGAACUGAGCUUUAUUGUGGGCUGGGCUUUUUGACAGUUCAAACCCUUGGGUUCAUGAGGCUGACAUUUUGGGAGCUAGACUGGGAUGUGAUGGAACCUAUAUGCUUCUUCGUUACCUCUUUUGGGUUUGCUCUUGCUUAUCUUUUCUUCAUGAAGACCUCCACAGAACCCAGCUUUCAGGGCUUCUUCUUUCACCGAUUCAGGGUGAAGCAGCAACGUCUGAUGAAGAAAGAAAACUUUGACAUGAAUAGGUAUAAGGAGCUGUGUAAGGUGUGCUAUCCCAGUUUUGAAGGCGGUGUCAAAUCUGAACAUUCUUCACUCUCCCACUAUCCACCAGAGACUCAUCUAAGUGACCUAAAAGCUUUGCGUGGUUGAGUAAUUAUGUGCAGAUAAUCUUUUAUUUCAGUAAUGUUACUCUUUGGCAUCACUGCAGUAGAUAACAAAAA